UGUUCUAUUCUAAAAAUAUGAGCAAUUAAACCGAGAAUGUUUGGUAUAAAUGUAAUUAGUUAGAAUAGAAUCAACUGUCCCAAAAUCUAUUGAACAUGGUUUCUGUAACUUUAUGUUCAAUUGUACUGCUUGCAGUCUUUUCUUGCUCAUCUUCACUACCAACCUUACCAUUUCCACAUCAAUUUUUUGAUAUAACAUCCAAAUCCAAAGACGAACAUUCGGAAAAAUCAUUCCCAGAAAAUAUAUUUGACUGGGAUAUUCCUUUUCCUAUGAUGGAUAAAGGAUGGCAGAUACCCUUUAUCUCUUCGCCUCAAGUUCAAACUUCGAGCAGCUUACCCAAAUUAAAUGCACCACAUUCUGAUUCGUCAAAUUCUGAUUCACGACAUUCUGAACCACGAAAUACUGAUUCACAAAAUUCUGAUCAAGAAUCUUCUUCUUGUUCUGAAGAUUAUUGAUAAGGAUCUCACAUAAGGUGAAUGUUAAUUUCAAUUUAUGUUCGUACGGUAAGACAUAGAGAGCUACUUAAGUUGUAUCAAAGUGAAGAGAUAAUUAGAAAAGGUAGAAUAAUUUUCCAUUUAGCUAUUCAAAAAUAUUUAAUAAAAAGUAAUUGACACUUCCUCAUCGAUAUUUUUCAUACAAAUCCAUCUGAGGUUUCAAACUCAUAAUCAAUUUAUUAUUUUCUUCUACUGAUCUGCUUCAAAAUACUCUUUCCAUGAAGUUUUGAUUCAGCCCAGAAGAGCCAGUGAGGCUCUUAUAUUUUUAAUUGUUCCAAAUACUUUUUCUGAAAAAUAGGCAUUCAACGUGGUCUUCUGAAUAAAAUCUCACUCCAGCAAAUGAAACUAUGGGGUUUGGAAACAACAAGAUGUCGCUAGGGGCCAGAUCUUGUUAAUACGGUGUAUGGUCAACUAAUCAAAGUGAAUUUUAGUCAUAGCGUUCACCGAAGGGUGAGAAGGUACGUUGUCCUGAUGAAGAUAGCACUUUUUUCUCCUUAUCGUGCAAUCGUUCUUCUCAGUUUAUCCUUACAUAUCAUCUUUUGAAAAUAGUCGUUGAACAAAGUCCCAUGACUAUUCCAAAAUAUCAUCCUCAUUUCUGUUUCUGUACAGAAGAUAAAAACAAAGACCCAUCGUUGAUAUAUUUAGAAUUUAGGACAUCCAUCCUGUGCAUCAUUUAUAAUCUAUAAAAUCAAAAUACAAUACAGAAAUAAUUAUUUUUCAGGAUGGAAAAUGGCUUACGUGAUAAUGGUGGCGACAACACAUAAAAAAUCAUAUUCAAAAUUCAGACAGACCUAAAUGCCGAAGUUUAAACAAUACUGAUUAUUUUCAUUCUCUAUUAUUAUAAAAGCUUUAUUAGUUUCAAAUAAAACAUAUAAUCGAAAA